AUGAGAUGUCGCCACGCUGCCAUAGCAAAGUACUUUGGGGAUGUCACCCCACCUUGUAACAAGUGCUGCGAUUACUGCAAGAACCCAGGGGUGGUGAAAAGACAACUGGAGUCCCUGGAGCGCUGCAGCAACAGCUGGAGCAAAACCUGCAUCGGGCCCACAAGUUCCUCCUGGGAUAGCUAUGACCCCGAGCUGUACGAAGGCGGGCGCAGAGGCUGCAGAGGUUUUAGCAGGUAUGAUGAAGAAAGUAGCGGGAAUGGGGAUGAAGCCAAUGAGGAGAGUCGGAAACGGGAGUGGGACAACUUCUACAAAAAGCAGAUGAGUCUGCGCAAAGGCAAAGAACCAGAAAAGGAAGAUUUUGUUCCUCCAAGUGCAGACUGCCCCUUGAAGGAUGCCUCCAGCAGGAGAAUCUCUAAGCUCACAGUGAAGGGGCGGGAACACUGUUUGAAGAUGCUGGAAGAAGCUCUGAGCUCCAAUCAAAAGGUUCCAGCAGCAGGAGGAAAAGGGUCAGACCCUCAUGCCUGUGCUGUGGAGCUGGAGUAUGAAGCUUUCCAAGCCAGUAAAAUGGCCAAUUCCUACAAGGCAUCUGUGCUUAAGAAGGUAGCAGAAAUCAACAGAGCCUCAAAACAAGGAGAGUUGUUCUCAGUUGUUGGGUCUGGAACUGGUGGCAACAGCAGCUUAGAAACAAAAUCUGGGUCUCCAGCAGAAGAGAACUUCCUCCCUGCAUCCCAGGUGUAUUCGUUCAAACCCAAGCGUGUGGGAGCAGGAUUUCCAAAGAAAUCUAGCUUGUUUCAGACAGCGUCAGAGCUGCUGAAGACUCAGGAGGAGAGUGACGUAAAGCCUGUCAAGAAAGAAGUAGGUUGCACAAAUGGGCAAGGCAACUGUAACUGCAGUCUGGAACUGGACACCAAAAAUGUUGUUCUCCAGAAGAAAGAAAUAGGAACCAAAGCAAUGUGUGAGAGUGCUGGGGUAGAAGUCCUCCUUCCUGAGAAUAAGGGACAGCAACUCAGUCCAGACACAAAAGCUGCCCUUUUGGAGAGCCCGGCUAAGAAGUCCAAACCUAGCAAGAAACAGCAAAUGCUCGCAGAAGCAGCUAAAAAAGAAUCACAGGAUAUUUCCAAAUUUUUCUCCCUCCCCAAAGGUGGGUCUAAAGGCAAAAGUUGCAGCUCAGCAAAGGAAAAUGGCUGUUCUGCAAGCACACUACCUCAGGUUUCUUCUCAAACCAUGUGUGAAGAGAAACAAAUACCUCAGGAAAACAAAGAUGUCUUGGGAGAAGAUGUGACUGGACAGUCCCAGGCAGAGAAUGAAGAACUGGGAGACACAGAAGUAACACUGACUGAGAGAGAGGAGGAUUUUAAGACCCAGCAGGCUGCUGAAUCUGAAAUCCUUCAGGAAGAAAUGGAUGUAAAAUCCAGUGUCGCUGAAAAUGUCACAGAAGCUGAGCUAACUGUUGUUGGGGAAGGUGAGAGCGGGAAGCGACCAGUGUCAGAUGAGGAUACGGAAAGACCUGCAACGAAGCGGCUACGGACAGUGGCAAAAUCUUCUAUUCUGUCCCAGCCAGAAAGCAAAAGUGUUGGUUCAGCAAAGAAGAAGGUGACUUUUGAUCCAAACUUAUCACAGUGUGAUAAAGAAGCAACCAACAAGACUGUACAGCCAGUGACCAAAGGCGCGUCCCUCAAAGAGACAGCAGACAUCGUUGUCAAAUAUUUGACCCCAUUCUACAAGGGGGGCAAAUUUGCUUCCAAGGAUCUGUUUAAGGGCUUUGCUCGGCACUUGUCUCACUUACUGACUGAAGAGAAGAACCCUGCCCGCAAGUCUGUGAAGGAGGAAGCACAGAGACUCAUCAAGGAGUUUUUCAAAACAAGGGUCAGGUGUGAGAGCGAGACAGACUGGCAAGAGCUGCAAAGCUCAGAGAGCUGA